UCACUUCUCUGUGAAAGGAAGAAAGAACACGCCUGAGUCCACACGUCCUCCCGCUUCUAUGGGAAGUCUCCAUGGUGAAGUAUAGGCUGAGGCUACCUGUGAACAGCGCGCAGUGAAUGUUAAUCCAGAGCUGCUGUUGGCGGAUUGUACCCAAGGGGAGAUGAUUCCUCAUGAAGAGCCUGGAUCCCGUACAGAAAUCAAAUGUGACUUUCCAUUUAUCAGACUAAAAUCAGAGCCAGCCAGACAGUGAAACAGUCACCGUGGAGGGGGGACGGCGAAAAAUGAAAUCCAACCAAGAGCGGAGCAACGAAUGCCUGCCUCCCAAGAAGCGAGAGAUCCCCGCCACCAGCCGGUCCUCCGAGGAGAAGGCCCCCGCUCUGCCCAGCGACAACCACCGGGCGGAGGGCGCGGCAUGGCUCCCAGGCAACCCUGGUGGCCGGGGCCAUGGCGGUGGGAGGCACGGGCCGGCGGGGACCUCGGCGGCGGAGCUUGGUUUACAACAGGGAAUAGGUUUACACAAAGCAUUGUCCACGGGGCUGGACUACUCCCCGCCCAGCGCCCCCAGGUCUGUCCCGGCGGCCACCACGCUGCCUACGGCGUACCCUCCCCCGCAGUCAGGGACUCCGGUGUCCCCCGUGCAGUACACUCACCUGCCGCACACCUUCCAGUUCAUUGGGUCCUCCCAGUACAGCGGGCCCUACACCGGCUUCAUCCCGUCACAGCUGAUCUCCCCGACGGCCAACCCCGUCACCAGUUCGGUGGCCUCCGCCGCGGGGGCCGCCACUCCAUCCCAGCGCUCCCAGCUGGAGGCCUAUUCCACUCUGCUGGCCAACGUGGGCAGCCUGAGCCAGGCACCGGGACACAAGAUUGAGCCGCAGCAGCAGCACCUCGGCAGGGCUCCGGGGCUCAUCACCCCGGGGUCGCCCCCACCCGCCCAGCAGAACCAGUACGUCCACAUUUCCAGUUCUCCGCAGAGCGCCGGGCGCACCGCGUCUCCUCCGGCCCUCCCCGUCCACCUGCACCCGCACCAGACGAUGAUCCCGCACACGCUCACGCUGGGGCCCUCCUCGCAGGUCGUCGUGCAGUACACCGACUCCGGCGGCCACUUCGUUCCUCGGGAGUCCGCCAAGAAGGCCGAGAGCAGCAGGCUGCAGCAGGCCGCGCAGGCCAAGGAGGUCCUCAACGGCGAGAUGGAGAAGAGCCGGCGCUACGGGGCUCCGUCCGCGGCCGACCUGGGCCUGGGCAAGGCAGGCAGCAAGUCGGUCCCUCACCCGUACGAGUCCAGGCACGUGGUGGUGCACCCGAGCGCCGCGGACUACGGCGGCCGCGACCCCGCGGGCGUCCGGGCCUCGGUGAUGGUCCUGCCCAACAGCAGCACGCCCGCGGCCGACAUGGAGGUGCCGCACGCCCCUCACCGCGAGGCCUCCCCCUCCACCCUCAACGACAAAAGCGGCCUGCACUUGGGGAAGCCCGGCCACCGGUCCUACGCGCUGUCACCCCACACGGUCAUCCAGACCACACACAGCGCCUCAGAGCCACUCCCGGUGGGACUGCCAGCCACAGCCUUCUACGCGGGGACCCAACCCCCUGUCAUCGGCUACCUGAGCGGCCAGCAGCAAGCUAUCACCUACGCCGGCAGCCUGCCCCAGCACCUGGUGAUCCCUGGCACGCAGCCCCUGCUCAUUCCGGUCGGCAGCGCUGACGUGGAAGCGUCGGGGGCAGCCCCUGCCAUCGUCACGUCGUCCCCUCAGUUCGCUGCAGUGCCUCACACCUUCGUCACCACGGCCCUUCCCAAGAGCGAGAACUUCAGCCCCGAGGCCCUGGGCACGCAGGCCGCCUACCCGGCCAUGGUGCAGGCCCAGAUCCACCUGCCCGUGGUGCAGUCCGUGGCGUCCCCGGCGGCGCCUGCCCCCACGCUGCCCCCCUACUUCAUGAAAGGCUCCAUCAUCCAGCUGGCCAACGGGGAGCUGAAGAAGGUGGAAGACUUAAAAACGGAAGACUUCAUCCAGAGUGCGGAGAUAAGCAACGACCUGAAAAUCGACUCCAGCACCGUGGAGAGGAUUGAGGACAGCCACAGCCCGGGCGUCGCCGUGAUACAGUUCGCCGUCGGGGAGCACCGAGCGCAGGUGAGCGUUGAAGUUUUGGUAGAGUAUCCUUUUUUCGUGUUUGGACAGGGCUGGUCAUCGUGCUGUCCAGAGAGAACCAGCCAGCUCUUUGAUUUGCCGUGUUCCAAACUCUCGGUGGGGGAUGUCUGCAUCUCGCUCACCCUCAAGAACCUGAAGAACGGCUCUGUUAAGAAGGGCCAGCCCGCGGAUCCGGCCAGCGUCCUGCUGAAGCACUCAAAGACCGACAGCCUGGCGGGCAGUAGACACAGGUACGCCGAGCAGGAAAACGGAAUUAACCAGGGAAGUGCCCAGAUGCUCUCUGAGAAUGGCGAACUGAAGUUUCCAGAAAAAAUAGGAUUGCCUGCAGCGCCCUUCCUCACCAAAAUAGAACCCAGCAAGCCCGCGGCCACGAGGAAGAGGAGGUGGUCGGCGCCGGAGACCCGCAAACUGGAGAAGUCAGAAGACGAACCACCUUUGACUCUUCCUAAGCCUUCUCUAAUUCCUCAGGAGGUUAAGAUUUGCAUCGAAGGCCGGUCUAACGUAGGCAAGUAGAGGCAGCGUGGGGGAAGGAACCGUGGCUCUCCCUUACCCGUUGUAUCCAGAUUACUGUACUGUAGGCUAAAUAACACAGUAUUUACAUGUUA